CGCAGACAUGGCAGAUGGAGUGCCAGUGACCGCAAUGCACCAGACGGACUCGAACCACGAGCCUCUUUAUGCGAAUUCCAUCAUGUCCACACCUGGUGUUGGUGGAGAUUCCGCUGUUUCCCGAAGUGAUGUAGUUCCUCAGCAACCCAUCCAGGAUUCCCAUGAAUACAUGGAGAUGAAGGCAAUAGCUCACCCUGGUAUUCCAGCCAAUCAUCAAACCAAUCUACCUGGUAACUCUUCUUCUCUGAAUCCAACAAAGUCAGCAUGUGCUUCAUCACUGCAAGGGGGUUCAACGUUAGAUGCCAUACUUCAACAAACGUUGAAUUCCUGUGACGGGGGAUACAUAUCUUCCUCAGUUCCUUUAACAUUUCCCAAGAGAGGAAUUGCAACAGAGAGUAUUGAUUCGGUGAUCACCACAUAUUUAUGAGUUAUUUCCAAAUGAUUGAAUUGAAAAGUUGUCAUAUUCCAUAGCUAGAAAAAUGAUUGGUUUAAAUAGUUAGAAUUGACCGUAGAUAUAUGUAUCACCAAUUGAGCGAAUUGGCGUUGUUUCAGAACAAUCAUUUAAAGAAAUAAAAAUAUAUAUGAUGACGUAAGACAAAUUGUAUAGAAAUUGGUAAUCUAUCUUUGACCUAGAAUCAUUACAUUAUCAACGAUGACUUGACAAAAUAGAUAAAAAUUAUAUAUAUUUUUUUCAAAUCGUUUUUUUAGAUAUUAAGACCAACCCCUGGUCAUGAAAUCCAUUUGUCUUCUUAAAACUGUCUCUAGAUGAUUGAAAAAAAAAUUAUAAAUAGCUUUAAAAGUAGCAAAUGCGUUUAUUAAUAAAUAAAUUAUUGCAUUUUCCACGACUUUACACUGCAUUCGAGGGACAACUUACAACGUAUGCGUGGAAUAGUUGAGAUACUUCGAAAACAAAAAAGAAAUGCAUGAUUUGAUAUAAUUCCUAAGAAAGAAAGAUUAAUCUACUAACCAGUACCAGAUGUAACAUACUCUCAUCGGUAAACGGGCCAGGCGUGAAAAUGAUAUUGAAAUUUAUGUAUAUAAUGUAGGGCUAGUCAAAUCCACGAUCAAUGUACAUAGAUGUAUUGUGAUAUAUCAACUUAUAUCAAUUUC